GGCUGUGGACAUCGUCAGGCCUCUCAAGAGCAUCUGCGGAACCAUUUUCUUGUCGUCGCGCUGCCGGAGAGUCACCAUGUUCUCUCGGAGAGUCAAGGCGGCCGCGACACGCGGAGUCAGCUUUGGCGCCUCGAGCCUUCAGGGCCGGCGGCCGUCGCAGGAGGAUCGCUAUACUACUAUUGAGCAGCUGGCGCCCGGCUGCGGGUUUUACGCCGUGUACGACGGCCACGGGGGAGAGCGGGCGGCCGUCUUCGCUUCGGCCGCGAUGCAGGCGCGGCUGCAGGCCUCGCCGGGGUUUGGGAAGCGCGACUACGCCGCCGGGUUGCUGCAAGCCUUCAGCGAGGUCGAGCGCGACUUCCUCGCCCUCGCGGAGCGGGACGGCCUCUCCGACGGCACCACCGCCGUCGUGGCCCUCGUCGAGCCGACGGUGCUCACCGUGGCCCACGUCGGCGACUCGCGGGGCGUGCUCUGCCGAGGGGGGGCGGCGGUGCCAAUCACGGACGACCACAAGCCGGAGGUUGCGGCAGAGCGGCGGAGGAUCGAGGCGCUUGGCGGGUUCGUGUCGUACAUCGGCUGCUGGCGCGCGAUGGGGAUCCUCGCAAUGUCGCGCGCCAUCGGGGACUUGUUCCUCAAGCCAUACGUGUCGGCAGUGCCUGACGUGAAGGCGCUGCCGCUCGAGGAGAGCGACGAGUUUGUCGUCCUCGCGUCGGACGGGCUCUUCGACGUCUUCGACAACGAGCAGGUGGUGCGUAUCGUGCGCGCUGCCGACGACCCGCAGCACGCCGCCUCGCUCCUCACGAAGAGCGCCCUCGCCGCCGGCUCGCUCGACAACAUCACCGCCAUCGUCGUCGCCUUGCGAGGCUACCGGCCGCGCCAAAUCGACGCCCACUCCCCCGCGGAGCUCGCCACCGCCACCGCCGCGCAGCCUCGCGCCGCCGCCGCCGCCGCAGUUGCCGCCGCCACCGCCGCCACGCACGCCGCGAGCGCCUCUGCCUCCGCCGCCUCCACCGCAGCUGCCUCAACCGCCUCCGCUGCCGCCGCUGCCGGCGCCGCCGCUGCUUCCGCCCUGUGCUCGGCGACGGCGCUGGGGGGAGCCCGCUCCGUCGCGUCGUUCGGACCCCCGGUCCCGACGUCGCACUGGCAGCGGACGUUCGACGCGUGGCACGCGGCGUUCGUAGCCGUAGAGGGCUGCUGAGGGGCGGGCCGGGCCGUUGCCGCCGCAGUCGUCGUUGCGGCGGGGCGAGCGGUGGCCGCUGGCGUCGGAGGGGUGCGCGCUCCUCUCGGGGAGGCGGCGGGCCGCGCAGGAGGGGACGAUGAAGCGAGGAGACGGCGCCGUGCGGAGGGCAAUUGGUGACAUGAGAGGCAGAGGGUGAGAGGCGAUGACGUGUGGCAGGGAGAGAGCGGCGCAUUUUGCAGAGCGCAGAGGGUGGCACCUCCUCUUGGGGAGAUGCCGCUCCCGCUGACCUCUUCCAGAAAAAAGAAGUUGACAAGGAAUGGAU